ACAAACACCUCGCUCCCCGUUUCAUCAUCCCUCCCGAUUUGAUCGCCGGGUUUGUGUCAAGAAACCGGGUUUUCAUGUACUAACAUUCGUUCUCCAUGUACCCCUCAUCAAGGUAUAUAGCUCGACCGCAGUAUUGUCACAUUGCAGAUACAGGUUACUUUCCUUUAUUUCCCAUCCCUCAAACGAACAUUAAACGCCUAUCGCUGUUUCAUUUAAUCUUAAGUAACGCUUGUACGCAGUACUGUAUGUUUAUUGCGUACACUUAUUAUUUGUAUGUACACUUCUCUUAUAUCGAGAUUGUGCGUUGGUGUGUGUGACGAAUGCGUGGAUGCGUGAGAACGUGAAUUUCUUUCGAGUUCGCCCACCUGCUUUUAUUCAUCGAACAAAAUUCGAGUGUCGCGCGUGUUUGGUACGUCAAGAAAGAAGCAUUUCUGACACCUCUCGCCGUGCCGAAUGGAAACCACGCUGCCUGCGUUUGAUCCACUGUCAACGCUGUCAAAACUGCGUUUGACACGUAUGAUAGAUAAGUACGUCCCCGGGAAUAUGCGAAGGGAACAUGAUAAGAUCACAAAAUGGUGGGCUUCGGCAGUAAAGAUAAGCUCAGCAAAGAGGACAUGGAUUUCCUCAAGUCGCACACGAGGUACGACGAGGCCACCAUAAAGGACUGGUACAAGGGAUUUAAACAAGAUUGCCCUAACGGUAGACUAACGCCAGCAAAAUUUGUUGAUAUGUAUAAAACAUUCUUCCCAUCCGGAAAUGCAGAGGAAUUCUGCGACCACGUGUUCCGGACAUUUGACAUGGACAAAAACGGGUACAUCGAUUUUAAGGAAUUUUUACUGGCCAUUGACGUAACUUCCGGUGGCACGCCGGAAGAGAAACUGAAAUGGGCCUUCCGCAUGUACGACGUCGAUGGUAACGGCGUGAUCGAUAUCCAGGAAAUGACGAAGAUCGUCCAGGCGAUAUACGAUAUGCUGGGAGCUUGCUCGAGCAGCAGGCCGGCGGAUAGCGCGGAGGAACGGGCGAAAAACAUAUUCACGAAGAUGGACGAGAACGGCGACGGUCAGCUGACGGAGGAGGAGUUCCUGAAGGGUUGCCUUCAGGACGAGGAGUUAUCGAAGAUGCUCGCUCCUUAAUUCACGUGACGAUUCGUUGAUAACGCACCGUUAUCGUAAAGAAAGAUUCUUAAAAUAACCGACCGAGCAACAACGAUCAGAGAACUAUUCCCCGAAUGCGCGUCUGUGUCUUCAUUAAACAAUCGCACACGCACAUACGCGCAUAUGUGAUUGCACGCGAGAAUGUAAAGAUAGUUAAAAGUACGCGUAGUUACUCGAAGAUCUCUGAUAAAAGGCUUAUGUGUCCCAAUCGCAAAAAAAAAGAGAGAAACUAAAAUCAUUUUCUAGGAACUGAUUUUCGAGUUAAGUCCAUUUUCGAAUGAUUCGGCGAAUUAAUUUGAUCGGAAGACGUCACGGAGGCAAAGAUGACUAUCCGUGGCGACGUAACAGUGGAUAUUAAAGAAUAUUCAAUAAAUAUUUUAGAUCCCGAAAUGAAUAAUAUACGGAAGAUACCACUUUCGACCAUUACCAUUCUCUGUAGUGGUACAUAAUUUUAAUGAAUCUCGAACGAGAUUACACGUUCACAAGUAAAAUUAACAUUUAAGCUGGACAUUAACCACGGCAGGGCCUCGGUAAAUUAAUAAUCGAAGAUCAUGGCCCGGAGAGAAACGACUAACGCGUUUUCUAUCGAUAACGAUCGUUUGUUCUCAGUAAUCAUUAACGAGAUUAAACAAGGUCCUAUGUCCUAUGAAUCGACAGCGGUUAUUAAACAUUAAACGGGGAACCGACGGUUUCUUAAAUCUCUAUUCGAACAACGAUGACAAAGUGCUAGAAUUCUGUGACGUGAACACAACGAACCGGAAGAAUUGAAGGUGCUGUCGAAUAGGUAGGACGAACAUUACGAUCCAGAUUCAAUGAUUUUACGUUUCACGGUGUACUUCGACACGGUACGUACUCACAAUUAAAUUAAACCCUGCAUCGCGUUUUAUAAAAUCGCACCAGGCCAAGUUACCGAACUGGUCGCCGAUUGAUUGUUAUUCAAAUAUGUUUUAUUGCUCGGAAGGUUUAUAAACAGAAAGUGUAGCUAUGUGUGCAAUUAAUUAAACAAAUUACGUACUCCGUAAUGUUAAUGUAAAGUAGGCUAAGUACAUAUCAUUGCCUCUUCUUCAAAAACGAAUGAAAAAUCAACUUUUUUCUUAAUAUUUUCCAAAUCUAAGGGCUUCGUAAACAGAGAUUUUCAGUCAAUUUUUUAAUCUAACAGAAAAGUGCGCCUCCCCCUUUUUUCUUCCCUUGAGCACACGCACGUACACGGAGAAAUCUAUCCAUACGUAAUGGGCUAGGAAUACAUUUGAUAAAUUACAAAUGAUCUAUAUCAAUUUGUUUUAAAAAUAAUUCGUAUAUAUUUGUUCAAAGGAUAUUGAAUCUAUAAAUCUCAAUUGCGCGCUAUUUAUUUGUCAUAAAAAUCCCCAUUCAAGGAUAUUGAUAUUCAAGGAUUUAUUAACGAAUCCACGAACAUUUUUUAACAAUCUUUUACGGUUCUUUCGUUUCAUUUAUAGAAACAGUAGAUUUUCUAAAGAAUCAUCUAUCAUGGAAUUAAUUAAUUUGCGUAAAUUAACAGAAAUUUCGAUAGUUUCUGCAUGAACUAUGAUUGCUUUCUAACGCAAGGAUAACGAAGGAUAACGCAAAGCAAUCACAAUUAAAAACUUCUUGAAACGAACCGAAAGUGCAGCACUGACAAUCAAACUAACAAAAAAGGAGUUUAUUUAUUAUUUAAAAAAGAGAGUCAAUGAAUCGUAGAGCAAGGAAACAUUUUAUAAAACCCGAAGUGCAUUAUACAAUUAACAAAAGAACAAUUUCGAAAGCUACGACGACGCAUUAAAAACGAUCGAAUUAUUUAAACAAUAUUUUUCCCUUUCAAUUUCUCCUUCGUAACUUGGCUGACAGGCUAUUAAUAUCGAUUGAGACUUUAUUGUACAAACUGUUGAACGGCAUCAAUCUUGAUUUGCACGUGACUUAAUAACGAUAAAUUACUUGAAAACACGGUAUGCCUGAAUAUUUAUUUAAUUAAACUAUUUAUCUUCUUAUAUAGAAUGAAUCUUUAUGAAAACUAUUAUCAAGCUGAUAGAUCAGAAGGAACUUCUUGUCUCUUAGCUGGCGAACAAUUGUGAAAGCAAUCCGAAAGUUUAGUCAAUUCAAAGAUUUAACGAGACGACGAGCAACCAAUUAUUGAAAAAGGAGAGGAAAACAAAUUCAAUUACGUAAAAACGCUAUAUUCACACAUAAAUCUAUGCUACUAUUUUAUAUUUUUCUACGCCAUCCAUUCUAUUAUCCCGUCGCUCUCCCCUCUCUCUCUCUCUCUCUCUCUGCACGUAUAAUUAAAUUCUUAAUCGACUUAAACACUUUUAUCCCACGCAGUUCUCUUUCACCAUGAACUUUCGCACGCAAUUUUCAAGAUCGUUUAACGAAUCCAAUUCGCGGCACGGCUGUAAAAUGAGAAAUUGUAAUAAAAGUAGAAUUUUAGAGUAACUAUUAGUAAUAUACGAAGACAACUUUUAACACGUUUUAGAACUUUGUGGCUGUCUUUAAUUACAUUUUUAAUUUCAAGAACAAUUUACUGAUUUUUAAUACUUUUAAUAUUUAAUACGCCUGUUUUUAGAUUUUUGUAACAACAAUAUUCUAUUUCUAUGCCUCGUUUACUUUUUGUACAAGGUAAUUGAAGUCUGGCUUCAUUUUCUGACUAAUUGUAUUUGUAUAAAUAUUUGUGAUAGGAUAUACUGCCGAUUUUCGUUUCAUUUUAAGUAAAGUGGUUACUAAAAGUAUCCAUAAUUAUUUAACGCCACGAGAAUAUUUUUUGUUUGUUAAUAAUUAUUACCAAUUAAUCGUGUAAUCAUGAGUGAUCUAUGAUUAUAAAAGUAUGAAAUGCAGAGAUCUGUUCACUUAAAAAAAGUCCAAAAUCAAAUAAUCGCGUAUUUAAAUAUUAUUACAUACUUUUAGUAGUCACUAUACUUCGACUAUUUAAAGUAUCUAGCGCAUAGGAUCUAGCAUAGAGUCACAGGACCAGUAGUCUUCGAUAUACUUGACAAAUUAUACACUUAAACGGCAUUUAUAGAUCUUGUAAGAUCGAUAGAUCAUAAUUGAAUAUUCUCUAUUCUCUAAUUAUCCUCUCAUCGAUGUUGGUGCUAUGUGUAUAGUAACGCUUCCACGCUUUUAAUUUAAACAUAAAACUUCAUACUAAGCAAGUAGAAUAAAUCGUAGAGCGUGAAGAAUCCUGUGUAUAGUAGUAUAUUAGCUAAUCUCUCUAUUUCGAGUCUCAUAUUCUUUGCUACUUAAAACCAUACUUUGUAAUUAAAUUAAACAGUCAUCAUCGAAUUUUAAUUACUAAAUCUAUAUUUAAAAUUAUCAAUACGUUAUCAAUAUUAUGGGAUCUGUUAACGAAGAGGACGGUUUCUGCAUAAGAUGAAUUGAUCACUAAUUUCCUUUCUGCAGGAUUGACAUUUCUACUUCACUGACUCGAUUGAACAUUUCGAAACGACCAAAAAAUGAUCGUCUAAAUAGAUGAUAGUCACCUCUCAUUAAAGAAAUAAUGUCCUAGUUAAAGUAAUUUAGAAUAGUAACUAAAGAUUUCCUAUCCUACAUUGCUCGUUUAUGUGAAUAGAAUCUUGAAUAGAAGAUAUGAAAAUCUAUAUUAUAAAAUAGCACUGUGAAUACUUAUUUGUAUAUGCUGUAUAACGAUUAGUCAUUACACUUUCUUUUCCCCAUUCUUCAAGUUUUCCCAUUCGUUUAUACAUAUAAAUAAUACAAAUGCUAUAUCAUGGUUCGAUCAGAACUUGUACUACAGUCAUUCGAACUGAUUAUUAUUAUUAAUUUGAUGAGGACAUGUAUGUAAUAACUUAAAAAAAAGAUUUAACGAUUCACGCAAUAUGUACGGCCUUCUUGUCUCGUAGAUUACUCUCUCACGAAACUAUAACGUAUAUUAUAUAGCACAAUUUAUAGUUUGCAGACUUACAAAAUCUUUGUGUCUCUUACUUAAAUAAUCCGUGUAAUUACCAUAAUUGUAUGUGCAUUUAUUAGACGAUUAAAGCGUAUGAAAGGAACGUGGCGAGUACGUACAUAGAAAACUGGUGAAUCGUUGGAAUAAUCGUUCUCUUAUAUCGUCUUCCUGUAAGUAUGGAAAGAGAUAAAAAUCAAGAACGGUUGAGGUGACUUUAACUGAGCCGGUUGAAGUAUUUCAAUCUCGAGUGUCUCCUUCAGGAAAGAGAUAUUUGAAGAGACGGUAAUUGAAAGAUUAUCGCGACGAGUCACCCGAUAUAUAAUAAUUAUUGUAAAGUAAUAAUAAUUCUCGUAAGAUCUCUGUCUGCUUUGACUGAUACGUUAGAAAAGAUACUUGUUACAAUUACUGUGUGUCGCAAUGUUGCAUGAAUAAUUGUAUUAUAAUUAAAGGCGGACGAGUUCUUUGUAAAACAUUCUCUGUAUAAACUUUUGUCUACGAUUGUUCAACAAUAUAUUGUUUAAAUUGUUGUAUAGGGUACAGACAGUGUUCGAUUUUGCAACAACAGUGAAAGGAAAAAAGAUGCUUUAUAAACAUUCCGAGGGAUCCGUUGAUUAAAUGUUUAAUUUAUUUGGCUAAGACGUUAAUAAACACACCACACACGAUUAUUGUUAAAGAACGGUUUUUUAAUAAAAAUUAUAAAUAAACGUUGUUACAGUUGUAUGAAUGCGGAUGGCUGCGUUUGAUGACGAUGUAAACGUUAACAUUCAUUUGUACACAUAGAAAAUUAGAAAACGUUAAUAGCGA